AAUUAUUUAUUAAAACUAAUAUUUUUAUAUAAAAAAAUAAUUAAUGGAGCUCUUAAUAUGUAUUCUAGGGAUAUAUAUUUCAUUUCUUUUAUGGAGUAUUUUACAAGAACGUAUAACAACUAGAUCUUAUGGAAAGGAAAUAUUUAAUUCAGUAAUAAUAUUAAGUAUCAUGCAAUCAUUUAUUGCUAUUAUAGUAUCUUUUAUAUUUACUUAUUUCAUUACAAAACGAUCAAAAAAAAAAAAGCCUACUCUUUCAAAAUCUUUAUUUUUAAAACUUGUUUUAGUAGCAUUAAGUUCAUCUUUUGCAUCACCACUUGGUUAUGCGUCUCUUAGACACAUUAAUUAUCCUACUCUUAUACUUGGAAAAUCUUGCAAACUACUUCCUGUUAUGGCCAUUCAUACCAUCUUUUACAAAACACAUUUUACUUAUCAUAAAUAUUUAAUAGUAGCAAUGGUAACCUCUGGAAUUGUUAUUUUUACUUUAUAUGAUUCACAAUUAUCAUCUAAAACUAAUAAACAAUCAUCAAAUGAUACAUGGGGCCUUUUUCUUCUUAGCAUUAAUCUUCUUUUAGAUGGAUAUACUAAUUCAACACAAGACCAAAUUUUUAAAGCGUUUCCACAUAUAACUGGCCCAUGGAUGAUGUUAUAUAUGAACAUUUUAUCUACAGUAGGUACGACAUUAUACUUAUUAUGCUUUACAAAUGAAUUGAUAACAACACUUGAAUUUAUAAAAAAAUAUCCAUCGAUAACUUCUGAUAUUCUUAUUUAUGGUUGUUCUGGAGCAAUUGGACAAUUAUUUAUUUUCCAUACUUUAGAAAAAUAUGGAAGUUUAAUCUUAAUAACUAUCACACUUACAAGAAAAAUGCUAACGCUAUUAUUAAGUCUUAUUUGGUUUAAUCAUAAGUUAACAAUUGGCCAAUGGAUAGGUGUAGGAUUAGUAUUUUAUGGAGCAAGUUUAGAAGCAUAUAUAAAGCAUACACAAUUAACUAAAAAAAAAGCAUAGUAGCAUUCAUGCAGAACUCAAAUACAUACAUACAUAUAUAU